AGUAGUCGUUGCCGGUGGCGGGUGUGGGGGCGCGAGCAGCGCUGGACGACCUCUCCCCCGCCCCUCAAGCCGGGCCCGGGCUCGGUCUCCCCGCUCCCUCCGCUCCCCUCCCCCGUCGGGUACGGGAAGGUCCAAGCAGCUGCCGGGUGCCUGAGGGACUUAGUGGCUGCAGCCGCCACGGGUCCCGAUGGAGCCGCCAAAUCUCUAUCCCGUGAAGCUCUACGUGUACGACCUGUCCAAGGGCCUGGCCCGGCGGCUCAGCCCCAUCAUGCUGGGGAAACAACUGGAAGGCAUCUGGCACACCUCCAUAGUUGUACACAAGGAUGAGUUCUUCUUCGGCAGUGGCGGUAUCUCCAGCUGUCCACCGGGAGGUACGUUGCUUGGGCCCCCAGAUUCUGUGGUUGAUGUGGGGAGUACAGAAGUCACAGAAGAAAUCUUCCUGGAGUACCUGUCCUCCCUGGGGGAGUCUCUGUUCCGAGGUGAAGCCUACAACCUCUUUGAACACAACUGUAACACCUUCAGCAAUGAAGUGGCACAGUUCCUGACCGGACGGAAGAUCCCUUCUUACAUCACUGACCUUCCCUCUGAAGUUCUCUCCACGCCCUUUGGACAGGCCCUGAGGCCCCUCCUGGACUCCAUCCAGAUCCAGCCUCCCGGAGGGAGCACGGUGGGCCGACCCAACGGCCAGAGCUAACAGGACUGCAUGGGACCGCCCUGCCUCACCAGGGCUUUUCCUUUUUAAACAAAACAAACCCUACCAGAUUUCUAUUUUAUAAUUUUACAUCAGAGCUAACAACCAGGGAACGGCUUUUUAAAUUUCCCAGGGAAGGAGGUCGUCAGGCUGCAUGUAGAACAAUGCUGCUAAGAAACAGAACAAAAUGCCAUCCCUUCUAAUAGUAUUAUACUAAUUUAUUAA